CGGUACGCGGAUGGCAAACGGGAGUUGAGAAGGAGACGAAGUCAUGCGAAAGGGAGACAGAAGCACAGGGAGCGGGGCUCCGCCCUGUGGGGCGAUUCCAGAACGUAUGUGACGGAUGCGCAGCAAACAUCGUCGCCGAGAACUUGCCGAGGAAACCAAGUGAAUUUAGUGGCGAUUGUGAUCCUGUCUCGAGGAAAGUGCGGCCUCUCCACCUGCACCACUCGCUACCUGGUGGCCAUGGCAACGGCAGAUUUACUAACCAUCAACUUUCAAGCUAUAUUGGGGCGGGUCCGUAGUUACUACUUCCCCAUAUGCAGUGUGAGCUACGUCCCGUUCAGGGCUGCCACAGACUGUUCUGUCUGGUUCACCGUCACCUUUACGUUUGAUCGGUUUGUCGCCAUCUGUUGCCAAAAGCUAAAAGCAAAAUAUUGCACCGGGAAAACUGCGGCUGUAGUUUUGUCAACAACCGGCAUUCUUUUCUGUUUUAAAAAUGCGCCCUAUUUCUUUAUGUAUCGACCUAUGAAAGUGAUUGACAAUAUACCGUGGGGCUGCAUUCGUAAAUCGAGUUACUAUACGGAUCCCGGCUGGGUGGGAUAUAGCUGGCUUUCGACCGUCCUAACGCCAUUACUCCCGUUUGUCUUAAUAUUACUGCUCAACGCUCUGACAAUCAGACACAUUUUAGUGACUAGUCGCGUCCGUAAGGGGCUGAGGGGUCAGAGCAAGGCGGAGAACCGCAGUGACCCGGAGAUGGAGAGCAGGAGGAGGUCUGUGAUCUUACUUCUCACCAUCUCCGGAAGCUUCAUCAUCCUGUGGUCGGUAAAAGUUGCCGAAUUCCUUUACUACACCAUUACUGGACAGGAUCAGAAUAGUUACAACGAUUCGGAAUACAUAUUUCAACAAGCAGGAUACAUGCUAAUGAUACUAAGUUGCUGCACAAACACGUUUAUUUACGGGGUAACACAGUCCAAGUUCAGAGAGCAGUUCAUCAGCGCAGUGAAAUAUCCGCUCACGUCUAUUAUUCAACUAAUUAACAAACGAACUAUCUAAGUUCUUCACAGAGGCUGUCGCAGUUUUUGUUUUUCCAUCUCGACACGACAGAACUGACGAUCAUCGGAGAAGGUGGCAGCUGCGAGAGUGGUUGAGAGCCCGAGCGAGACCCAGAUCCGGAACAGGCUCUUCGGCAACUACAGCCGGCGGCUUUCACCUCCCACCGGUCAUUAAACUCAAACCACCUUCUGUUUGUAUGUUUCACCACAUUCCCGCUGCCGUUACCCUCACACGUCUAUCGAUAAUAAAUCCCACCCUCCAGUGUAAAUGCUUACCGUGCAAGUGAUCGGGAUAUCCGUUGCUUCUCGUUGACGGAGAGGAACGGGAGCACCGAGCGGAAACACUGCCGGCACAAGGAGAACGGGCGGAAUUCACACUGAGCGCACUGGAGACCAGCUCGGGACCGCUCCGUGCUCGCAGUGAGUAGACAACACCGCAGUGAGAUUGAACUGUUCGCAUCCAACAUAGGAUCGGCUCGUCCGCCAACACGCUUUGAGCAUUCAACGCCCAGACCGAAU